UUUCAUUCGUCCAUGACUGGAUUUCGUCGGCCCCACCGGAUAGACUCGUACACGCCUGAUUAACUAAAAGAAUACUAUAGAACCAGAGAGAGAGAGAGAGAGAGAGAGACAUUACAUACCAUUUUCAGUUUUCCGCCAUUGGAGCAUGGCUUCCAAGCUUUGUGACUCCUGUAAGUCGGCUACGGCCACUCUCUUCUGCCGAGCUGACUCUGCCUUCCUAUGCCUUGUCUGUGACUCCAAAGUUCACGCAGCCAACAAACUCGCAUCUCGCCAUGCUCGCGUUUGGGUCUGUGAAGUUUGCGAGCAAGCUCCUGCUCAUGUAACCUGCAAGGCUGACGCCGCCGCUCUCUGCCUCACUUGCGACCACGAUAUUCACUCUGCUAACCCUCUCGCUCGCCGUCACGAGCGAGUUCCGGUCACUCCUUUUUACGACACCUCCAACUCCGACAACUCACUCGCCGUUAAACCCAGCGCUGCAAUCAACUUCCUCGACGACCGUUACUUCUCCGAUGUCGACGCUGAUGCCGCCGAUGUUAGUAGAGAAGAGGCCGAGGCUGCUUCCUGGCUUCUUCCGAACCCUAACCCUAAAGCAAUCGAAACUUCAGAUCUGAACUCAGGCAAGUUUGAGUUUCCAGAAAUGGAUCCUUACCUAGAUCUGGAUUACGGCCACGUAGAUCCGAAAUUGGAAGCGCAAGAGCAAAACAGCUCCGGCGCCGAUGGAGUUGUUCCUGUUCAGAGCAAAGGCGUCAAUCUCUCGUCAGUAAACGAUCGUUGCUUCGGCAUAGACUUCCCCGUCGCCAAAUCUUUCCCGUACGGAUACAAUCCUCAGUCAAUAAGUCACAGUGUAUCAUCCUCUUCGAUCGAGGUCGGAGUGGUGCCGGACGAAAACACGAUGACGGAUGUAUCAAAUCCGUACACGAAACCAUCGACGGAAUCGACGGUACAACCGCUGCAAAUCUCGCCGGCGGAUCGGGAGGCGAGAGUGUUGAGGUACAGAGAGAAGAGGAAGAACAGAAAGUUCGAGAAGACGAUCCGAUACGCAUCUCGUAAGGCUUACGCCGAGACGAGACCUCGAAUCAAAGGACGGUUCGCCAAACGGACGGACAUCGAACUUGAUGUUGACAGAGUGAGUGGAUACGGCGUCGUUCCGUCGUUCUAAGUUUUAUUAUUUAUAUAAAAUUAAUAAAAUAAUAAUAAUAAUUAUAUAAAAAAGUUUCUGUGUAAAUAUGAAGGAAGAAGAAGAAUAGUUGGGGGGGUGGAAAUGGAGGUUUUGAUCGACGAAAUCUGGCCGUUGGAUCAUGUACAACUUUUUUUUUUCUUUUUUUUUUUUUGUAGAACUGAAUCUUUUGCCCUUUUUUUUGGUAACGAAAAUCUUUGGGAGUUUGGUCAAAAAGGUUUUCGGAAAUCUUUUGUUUUUUGUUUUUUGUUUUUUUGUUAAUUUUUAUUUUUAUUUUUAGAUUGUGAUUUUGUUGAAGCAAGCACGAUUAGUUGUAUGAAGUCAUCUUUAUUGUUUUCUUUAGAGAAAGUGUAUCAAUUUCUGAUUCCCUAUUGGUGAACUGAUUAAGCUUCUUGUUGUUUGGUUUGGACAAAUGUUUUCUUUUUAUUCC